GUCCCCCGUGCACGGGAGCAACAGGGUGGCCAAAGUGAGCGUGGCGCCAACCGGAGGAGCAAAGGUGCUGGUCCUUGGAUGUACGGCAAUUUCCUGACUUAAACCCUUCCAGAAGCUCCAUGGCCUUCCCUAAGAAGAAACUCCGGGGUCUUGUUGCUGCCACCCUCACCCCAAUGACCGAGAAUGGAGAAAUCAACUUUCCUGUAAUUGGUCAGUAUGUGGAUUACCUGGUUAAAGAACAGGGCGUGAAGAACAUUUUUGUGAAUGGCACCACGGGAGAAGGCCUGUCCCUGAGUGUCUCUGAGCGUCGCCAGGUGGCAGCGGAAUGGGUGACACAGGGGAGGAACAAGUUGGACCAGGUGGUAAUUCACGUGGGAGCACUAAGUUUGAAGGAGUCACAAGAACUGGCCCAGCAUGCAGCAGAAAUUGGAGCUGAUGGCAUUGCUGUCAUUGCACCUUUCUUUUUCAAGUCACAGAGCAAAGAUGCCCUGAUAAGUUUCCUGAGGGAGGUGGCUGCUGCAGCCCCUGCUUUGCCUUUUUAUUACUACCACAUUCCUUCCUUGACGGGAGUAAAAAUUCGUGCAGAAGAGCUGCUUGAUGGGAUUCGGGAGAAGAUCCCCAGCUUUCAAGGACUGAAGUUCAGUGACACGGAUCUCUUAGACUUCGGGCAGUGCGUGGAUCAGAAUCAGCAGCGACAGUUUGCUUUGCUGUUUGGGGUGGAUGAGCAACUGCUGAGUGGUCUGAUCAUGGGGGCAAAUGGAGCCGUAGGCAGUACGUAUAACUACCUGGGAAAAAAGACAAACCAGAUGCUGGAGGCGUUUGAACAGAAAGACUUCACUUCAGCCCUCAAUUACCAGUUUUGUAUCCAGAGAUUUAUCAACCAUGUGAUCAAACUCGGUUUUGGAGUGUCACAGACCAAAGCCAUCAUGACGCUGGUCUCUGGGAUUCCAAUGGGCCCACCCCGGCUUCCUCUGCAGAAAGCCACCCAGGAGUUUACUGCUAAGGCUGAGGCCAAGCUGAAGAGCCUGGACUUCCUUCCUUUCCCUGGUGUAAGGGAGGGGAACGUGGGAGCCUGCAGCUAGUGCCUGUUGAGUCUGGGUAUGCUUACUGAGACUUCACCCAUCUUCAAUAGUACGUUCUCUUCUCAGGGACUUUUUAGAUGAUUUUGAGCUAAGCUUUUAGCAAAUGGAAUCCCACACUAAUAAAUAUUUAAAUAACAAAUGUGGUUGUUUUGUUUAUCAAGACAGGGAUUCUCUGCAGAGCCCUAGCUGGCCUGGAACACUACUCUGUCAACCAGGCUGACCUUGAACUCAGAGACCUGCUUGCCUCUGCCACCCAAAUUCUGGGAUUAAAGGAAUGUACCAGUACAAUCACCCAGUCUAAAUAUCAAUUAUGAACCUAAAAAUGUGUGCGUUAUAAAAUGUUGGCUGCUGAAUUUCUUGUAAACAACUUGUUUUCCUCUGCUUUGAGCACGAGACCCUGUUGGCAGGCUGGUGGUGCUGCAGUUGAAAGAUACCAAGAGCUGGGGGCAUGGUCAGAGCCCAAUAUAAGCUGCCCCUGAGCACAAUAAAGUGGGCAUUCUUGGCAUUUUUUUUUGU